AUGGCCCUGACCAACCAUCUAGAGGCCCUCCUAACAUGGGACGGCUUCGUGGAGUACCAGUACACCUAUCUUGGCUAUGUGGAUGACACCCUGUUCAUGGGAUACAACAGCAGAGCAGACAAGCCAAUGAUGAAACCCCGUGCUCCGUGGAUACAUGAGGAGAAGCAAGAGUUUUGGGAAUAUGAGACACAGAGAGCUUUGAACCUCACAAACUAUGAUGGCUGUGACUACAUUGCCCUGAACGAGGACCUGAGCACCUGGACAGCGUUUGGCAAGGCAGCAAAAAUCAUCAGGUACCAAUGGAAAAUACAGGACUUUGCAGAAUCACUGAGGACAUACCUAGAGGAAACCUGCGUGGAGAUUCUCCAGAAACAUCUGGAGAAAGGGAAGGAGAUUUUGCUGAGAACAGACCCUCCCCAAACACAUGUGACCCAAAAGGCGAGCACUGAUGGGAAAAUCACCCUGAGGUGCUGGGCCCUGGACUUCUACCCUGCUGACAUCACCCUGAUCUGGCAGAGGGAUGGGGACAAUCAGACACAGGACGUGGAGGUGAUGGACACCAGGCCUUCAGGGAAUGGGACCUUCCAGAAGUGGGCAGCUGUAGUGAUGCCUCCUGGGGAGGAGCAGAGAUACACAUGCCAAGUGAAUCAUGAGGGGCUGCCUGAGCCCCUCUCCCUGAGAUGGGAACCUCCUCAGCUCCCUGUCCCCAUCAUGGCAAUUAUUAUUGGCCUGGGUCUUGGAGCUGUGCUUAUAGGAGCUGUGGUGACUUUUCUCAUAUAG